AUGGAGUUGUACCGAGCCUUCGAGGCUGAUGAGAACGAAAAACUGCCGCGCGACAUAGAAUCAAUCGACUUUUUCGAUCCUCGUACGGUCAUUUCUCCCGAUAAACUCUCUGUAGAGUUCACCGGCGCUGCUAACGAGGACGAUCACGAAGCCGGCAUGGUUCAGCCUCAAAUCCCGGUUCCGACGAAGUGCGACGUUUACUACUUCGAGGUUUAUGUCAAUAAUGCUGGAGUUCGGGGGCAGAUCGCGAUUGGAAUCUCGACGCAGCGAUGGGGGCAGGAAGAAAGAUUAGGCGAACUGAAACUGAUUCUUGGACGAGAUCAUGUGAUUUGGUGCUCAAUCCAUCGUGCUUGCUCUUCUUCCUCGAUUUUCUCUCGCAUUUUGCCGUCUUACGAUUCCUUCAAGUCUCUGUGGAAAGGCUAUGCAAAUUUUGUGUACAUUCUUUGCUAUUCUCAUAAUGUGAUCGAACCUCAUAAUGAUCAUUCUUUCUUACAUAUAACUUUCGGCAGUGAAUCAAGCCUAAGAUGCUGCAGCUACCACGGAGAGAGCGGACGCAUAUACUCUCGGAAAGGAGAGGAGAAAACUGAAACUCCAACUAGCGAUCCUUAUACAACUGGUGAUACAGUUGGUUGCGGUAUAAACUACGUUUCGCAAGAGUUCUUUUUCACGGAAAAUCCCAAAGGUCUUCAGAGGUCAUCUACUGUAUCCAACAGUAUCGCUCCAACUUUCAACUUGGCAAGUGAAACCUCUGUUCCUCGUACCGAAGAGCAAGAAGAGCAAGAAGUAUCAUUUGCGUUGCAAGCCAGAAAAAAUCUUAGAGAGGUUAUAAAGUCUGGACAGAUUGAUGCUGCUCUAGCUAUCAUCCAGGGUAUAAAUCCCAAACAUCCACAAAAUGAUGGAGUCGACUUCCUCCAUCUCUGCCAACACAUGGUCCAGUUAGUACAGAAGCGAGCAGGAGAUGAAGAUUUGGAGAUUGGACCAGAUGAAUUACAGACGUUCGGACAAUUAUGUUCAAGUCCAUUCGCAAAAAUAUAUUACCAAUGCUAUGGUAUGUUGCGUCAGCGCGACAUUACCGAGGAACAAAUAGUGCAGAAAAUGCUAGGAGACUCAGAAAAGGAAAUAGUAGCAGACUUUUUGAAUGAAGCGGUUCUGUUUUCAAAUCCAGAUAACAGCCCGUUCGAAUCUCGUUUGGAGAAAAUUCUCAGGCAGCUAAGGACUUGCGCCUGCUACUACUUUACGUGA